AUGGCUGAGAGUGUCAUAGUGACCAUUGAUGAUGCCUGCCUUGGUCAACUGGGGCCCUUUGCUGCAAGGGAGGCCUUGGGGAGGGCUAAAUUGGGAUGCCCUUGGGACCAGUUGAAAAACAUCCAGUGGCCAAGAGAGAGAGGCUUCUUCCAAGGAAACUUGAAGCUCAUGGAUCCACCCGGUUUUGCGGAAAGCGGUGAGAAGGACGGUGAGGCGAAGACAUCGGUCUCUCUGAAGUCUUGUUUUAGCCAAGGUCUCAAACAACUGCACAAGGCCCAGGAGCUCUGCAAUGCCACCUUGGUCGCCGGAGGGAAGAGGUUUCCUUGCAACAGGGCACUGCUGGCCUCCGUCAGCCCAUACUUCCAGGCGGUGUUCACCAGCGACUUCAAGGAAUCCAGGGAUGGAGAGGUCCUCCUCCAAGGCCUGGACCCUUCCAUCCUCCAAAACCUGCUCACCUACCUCUAUUCGGGAGAGAUGACCCUCAGUCUCGAAACUGCCGAGGAGCUCUUCACCGCAGCCAGCCGGCUCCAACUCCUGCCCGCCUUGAACCUCAUCAGCAGAUAUCUCCUAGAUCAGGUCUCCGAGGAGAACUGCCUCCGCUUUUAUGCACUCGCUCGGGAUCACAACAACACCACCUUGUUGCGCGGCACCUUGCGCUACCUGGGCCUCCACUUUGAAUUGGUCCCAAAGCACCGGGACUUCCAGCAUCUUGAUCCCGGCGCCGUGAGUGGCCUCAUCUCUUCCGACCAACUCAACACAAGCUCCGAAAUCGAGGUCUUCCGAGCCGUUCAGUGUUGGGUGAAUGUUGCACCUUCCCAACGGUUAGUGGCACUCCGGACACUUCUCCAACACAUACGUUGGCCUUUACUGACCGAUGCAGAAAUGUCUGAAAUCCAAGCCUUCUUGGCCACGCUUGACCACCACUCAGAGCUGGAUUGGGAAGACCUUGAUGGUGCUGGAAGGUUACAACGUAGUGGAGGCCUCCGGAGAGGGAUGUUCCAGGAACGGAUUGUGUGCAUCAAAGUCCCACGUUUGAGGGACAUCCUCUCCGCCAACGAAGACAUGGACUGCUACGUGGAGUGUUUGAACCCAGUUACGGGUUCGAGGACAAAGUUGCCCCAUUUAGAGUUGGUGGCUCUUCCGGGAUGUUCCGUCUUGGAGCAUAAGUUGUAUAUUUCAGGCGGAAAACACCCCGACGCCACGUAUUCCAGCGCCCUCCACGAAUACGACUCCCUGGCAGACCAUUGGGUCCAGCUCCCAUCUAUGUCGACCCCUCGUUCCGUCCAUAUAUUCCUAACUUGCAAACAAAAACACUUUGCGUUGAGUGGAUGGAAUGACACCGGGCCCUUAGCCACUGCGGAAAGCUUCGACGUCGUCCACCAAACGUGGGCCUCCAUCGCCAGCUUGCCCAUUGUGUUACGCUUCUCCGCCUCGGCCGCCUUCAAAGCCAAGCUGUAUUUAAUCGGCGGGGAUGCCGAUUCCGACGAAGUGCUUUACCAAGGCAUCUUGGUCUACGACAUCGCCUUGGACACCUGGACACAAGUGCCACUCGAUUUCAGCCUCCACGGCGCCUCCGCUGUGACGAUGGAGACCGGCAUCUGCGUCAUCGGGGGCUUCUUCUCCAAAAAGGUCACCCCACCAUACCCAAACCGGCGCUUCAGCCAACUCCUGCCUUGCACCCCGAAAUGCUUCUUCAUGCACGAAGAUGGGGUGAUCAGCAAAGAGGUCACCAUCCCGCCGCUGCCAUUACCUCUGGCCUUUGCGGGCGCCACUUGCUUCCACGGCAGGGUCUACGUCAUGGGAGGCGUCUGUACCUCCAGGACCCAUGACGCCAUUUACCAUUGGCAACCCGGAGAGGCGGCUUGGACCCAGUAUCCAGAGGCGCUCUCCCGCCAAGGCACUGUCGUGCGAAGGGUGCUGAAAUGCGUGACCUUAAAGGUGGUGAGGCCCAACCUGGCGGCUCUUAUUCAAGGCGCGCCCGUCAAACGGGUGGCUGUUGGGUUGAAGGCUCCUUCCAAAGGCAGACCAGAAGACAACUGCCCUGGCUUCCCAAGUCAAGCUUCCCCAUGA